CACACCUGUACAGGAGGACCCCUUUACUACCUUAUCUGGCAAAAUCUUUAUCCAGGCCAGAGCUAGCAGUGUGGGAGCCUCACCCAGCUUUGUUCCCAUCUACUGACACUCUCUUCUCUCCCAUGCAGAUGGAAUCGGUACCCUACACAGGCUUCCCUGUAGAUGCUGAAAACAAUGGACCCUUUCCUCUGGAGGAGGACGAUCCCAGUGUCCCAAAGUUCGCAGUCAUCAAACCACAUUUCCCCUGGAUGGAGCCCGGGGAAGAGAUUCAGCUGCCAGAGCCGGGAGAGAGGCAGGAGCUGACGGUGGUCAAUGCAGGCUCUGACACACCAAGUGAGGAAGAGGAGGAAGUGGUGGAGGAUGCUGAGGAGCAAGGGGCCUCGACUUGCCUGGAGAGCUGGGACUGGGGCCAAGCAGCAUCAGGAGAGAAGGAUGCGGAGGCCUCUGUUGCCGCAGACCCUCGGCCGUUCCGCUGCUCGGAGUGUGGCAAGGGCUUUGCCCAGAGCUCAAACCUGGUGAAGCACCAGAGGAUCCACACUGGGGAGCGCCCGUUCCGGUGCCCCGAAUGCGGCCGCGGCUUCAGCUGGAGCUCCUCGCUGGCGGAGCACCUCAAGGCGCACGGUGGGCGCCGCCCCCACGCCUGCGGCGAGUGCGGGAAGCGCUUCGCCCGCGGCUCUACGCUCGCGGAGCACCAGCGGGUACACACAGGGGAGAAGCCCUUCCGGUGCCACCAGUGCGGGGCCCGUUUCUCGCAGAGCUCCACCCUGGCGCACCACUUGCGCACGCACUCGGGCGAGCGACCCCACGCCUGCCCCGACUGCGGGAAGCGGUUCGGGCGCAAGUCCACCCUCGUCACCCACCGGCGGACCCACACCGGCGAAAAGCCCUACAUGUGCAGGGAGUGCGGCCGCUGCUUCGGCGUCAGCUCUGACCUGGCCAAGCACGUGCGCAACCAUCGCGCCAACGGCAGUGGCUGGGGGAAUGCCACUGCAGAAAUGCCCUGCCCUGCUCCGCUGCCAGCUGCAGAUCGGGGCAGGCAGCAAAAUGAAGAAGCUUCGUUUGAGGGCCCAGAUGCAGGUGGGCAGCAAAAUGACUGUGCAGAGGAAGAGAAGGAGAAGGAGGAGGAAGAGAAAACCUUUAUGUGCUCUGAGUGUGGGGAAGGCUUCAGGCAGAGUUCUGAGCUGACUCAGCAUCAAAGGAUCCAUCUGAGUGAAGUUGCUCACGGUUGUCAUCAGUGUGGAGAAACCUUCCCUGACCAGUCAGAACUAGGCGCCCAUGUGGCAAGUCACACUGUGGAGGAGAAGCCACACAAAUGCUCUGACUGUUAUGCUUGCUUCUCUGAAAACUCUGCCCUCCAGAUACAUCAGAGACUACACCUUAGAGAGUUAUCCCACUUCUGCCACCAAGGAGGAGAGAACUUCCCUGAUAGCUCUGGCUUGGAGGAGCCCCAGAGCACCCACAAUGGGAAGGAGAAUCCCUUUGAGUGUCCAGAGUGUGGGGCCCACUUUGCCGAGGCCACUGCUUUGGCCGCACACCAGAGAAUCCACCUGGAUGUGGAAUCGUUUCCCUGCCCCCAGUGUGGGAAAACCUUCCUUGACUGUGAUGAGUUGGCCUUUCACCAAGUGAGUCAUGCUGGCAAAGGAGAUGAGGAGGCAGAAGAGAAGCCUUAUAAAUGUACCAUCUGCAGCACUUGCUUCCCGGACAGCAGUGACCUCCUGGCCCAUAAAGUGAGCCAUGGGGCAGAUGGAAGAUCCCACUCCUGCCACAAGUGUGGCGAAACGUUUCCUAGUGACUCGGAGCUUGCGAUUCACCAGCUGAGCCACACGACAGAGGCCGCCUUAGACAAGCUGUACUCCUGCGCCGUGUGCGGCAAGUCCUUUGCGCUGUUUGCCACGCUGGCGGCGCACGAGCGCACCCACAUGUCAGACGACGAUGCCUACCGCUGCCCGACGUGCGGCGAACGCUUUCCAGACAGCGGCAAGCUGGGGAGGCACCAGCGUCGCCACUUGGGCGAGGAGAGGCCUUUCCGGUGCCCGGCGUGCGGCAAGGGCUUUGUGUUGCUUUCGGGGCUGCGGCAGCACCAACGCGACCCUCCGGCCCGGUGUCCUCAGUGCGGCGAGACCUUUGUGUGGCGCUGCCGACUCACCGAGCACUGCCGCAGCUGCCACCCGGCGGAGCGCCCCUACAAAUGCCCCGAUUGCGGCAAGGGCUUUGCGCAGAGCUCGAAGCUGCUGCGGCACCAGGUGACGCACACUGGCGAGAAGCCGUUCAAGUGCCCCGACUGCGGCAAAAUCUUUAGCCAAAGCUCCAACUUGGCGGAGCACCGUCGCACGCACGCCCCGGGCAAGGCGCACUGCUGCGCUAUCUGCGGCAAGGCUUUCGCCCUGGGCUCCUACCUAGCCAAGCACCAGGCCACGCACACGGGCGCCCGCCCUUUCCGGUGCACCGAGUGCGGCAAGGGCUUCCGGCAGAGCUCCAACCUCAUCCAGCACCAGCGGACGCACACCGGCGAGAGGCCCUACGCCUGCGCCUCCUGCGGCAAAUCCUUCACCCAGAACUCACACCUGGUCAAGCACCGGCGAGUUCACACAGCCGAGAGGCCGUACCGCUGCCCCGUCUGCGGCAAGAGCUUCCGGCAGCGUGGCAACCUGGCUGAGCACCAGCACCAGCACGCCGGCACCCGUCCGUACGUCUGCGGCGCCUGCGGGAAGUCGUUCCGGUGGAGUUCCGCUUUCUCCAAACACCAGCGUACUCACCUUGCUCCCUGACCCUGUGAGAAAGGGGAGGGGGGAAAGCAGGAAGUCCUCCCCCCAUACUUGGCCUUCUCUUGAGCACCAACGGACCUUUCCUUCCUUGCUCUCAGUUUCCUACAUCUAAACAGGAGACCCCUUUCUAAGAAGACAGACCAGUGGACUUGGGCUGUGCCCUGAUCCUGACCUCUCAUCUUAAACUUUGUCCCAUCAAUCUGUCCCUGAGUAUAGCCUUCUGCAUCCUGGCCCUGAGGCCUGGCCUUCACACAAACAGGAAACGGAUUUUGAACCUCUAAUGGUGCUGACAGAAUCACCCUCUGGGAUUUCCCCCAAGGGAGCAAACCUCGUAGAUUCUUGUCUCGCUCUCUGAGCAUCACUAAUCUUUGUCAUCAUGCCCUGGUUAAUUUUCUAAUUUCUAAUUUCAGACUUCUG